UGUUACUGUUGGCAUGGCAACAGCAUGUUUUACGACAAUGUGUAGCUUUUCUCUUUCAUCAGCUGUCAAACGAGUUAAGACCACAGACUACAUAUAAAGUUGAAAGCUUAUAUAAAAGGAAGAUGGAGGACGUCACUGCUGGUCUGAACAGUUUGACCACUGACCCUGGAUUCACCGAGGAUGAGAAGACGGUAAUACACCUGCGUGCACGCGCGGCUGGACUGACGUUUAGCGGUUGCGCGCACGCUCUGUACCUGUGUAAACUCGUCCGUUCACUGAGAGGACACUGGGAACAGUGUCCACAAGGGGCCUCUGCUAUGACACCUGCAGCAGGAGAUGGUGACCUCUCUGUGGGGAUACUGGGAGCAGGUCACCUGGGUAAACAGCUAGUCCUCUCCCUCCUGGAAAUGACCGACAUCACACCAUCACAUAUCAAGGUUUCCACCAGAAGACCUAAAUCUGCAGUGGAAUUUGUCCCUACCGGUGUCGAGUGUUUCUUCGACAAUCGCCGACUGGCAGCAUGGGCAGACGUCCUGUUCCUCUGCUGUCUGCCCUCUCACCUCCCCAGAGUCUGUGGCCAUCUCCGCUCUUAUCUGUCAAAACACUGCCUGGUGUACAGCUUCAUCUCUGCUGUGCCUGUCACCAGAUUGGCUGAGCUUCUCGGACACGACUUCAUUCUGAAACCGCAGUAUGAGUUUGUGGGUGGUGACGCUGCAGACGUGUGGCUCUCCUGCUCGUCUCUGUCCAUGGCUUUGAAAGAUCCUUCACUGAUAGAGGCAUCGUGUCCUCUCACCGUGAGCGAUGGGAUUUCUCUGAGCGAGAACUGGCUGUGUGCAGUGUUGUGCAGCCUGCUGAACAUCUGCACCUCUGCUGGUCUGAGAUCCAGUGACGCUCUCUCCCAGAUAAACAGACUCUUUGAGGGGACAUGUACGAACGUCGUGCAUUUAACCCCGAGCAGUUUCAUCGGUUCUUCUCAUGCAUCCUCCCUCCGCGAAGAUGAGCCUUUUCCCUGGAUUUCUCUCACUGAUGCUCAGACCAAGGAGACACCACUGCUGAAGUUUCUGUUAAGUAAUGAAUGUGUGCAGCAGUGCGUCUCUGCAGCGUAUAAAUCCCUGCUGCUGACACCAGGAACUUUACACACUCACACUUUAAAGCAAAUCUUAUAUUCUCCAUCACAGCUUGAAGACUGUGUCCCUCAUGUCACACCAAAAGUUGAGAAAAUUGUACUGUAA